UGUUUUCAUCUUGAACAAAAAAAAAUUCAUUUUUACUCUUCUGGAUAUCAUCAUGUGAUAAACAGAUGAUGAUUGUGUGGUGAGCAUUGCAGGUGCGAUAAAACCAAUGUCACACCAGUUUGGAUGGAGAGCUCUUCUGUUUCUGUGGCUGGUCUUGUCCAAUCAUCCUUCUUUUGGGGUUAUGCCUUGAGCUAGUUGCCUGGUGGUUUGGCUUUCCAAGAUUUUUGGCGGCAGCUCUUGUUCCACUACUUGCUGGUUUUAUGCCCGGGUUGAUCUUUUCUCGGAUCUUGAUCCAGUGAUGGCGGCUACUGGAAGAUCAAGCGCUUCGUCAGUCCUCCGCCCUCUCUCUCCUUCCGAUAAAAUCAACCUCCGUUUAAAGAGGCUUUCCACCGCAACCGCCGUUCCGAGGAAGCGAAAGUGUCGGUGCUCUCCCACGUCGUCGACGCACACUGGACCUUCCCGCUGCUCUAUUCACCGCCGAUUAGAAAUCGUGAAGCUACUAACUUUGAAGCCGAAGCGAAGGAGAUCUACCAGUAUCGCGACGACGAGUAGUAGUAGUAGUUCGGGAUCGAAUGAGAAGAAGAUCGGAACCCUAGGUUUGAAGGCGAGGCGAAGGAGGAGCGGUGGUAUCACGACGAGUGAUUCGGGGCUGAAUCUGAGGAAAACGGCUCUGGUGAAUUCGCUCGCGGGGUUGGGGACUGUGGAGGCGGAGCGGUGUAGGAAGUACUUGAAGGAGAGUAUGGCUAAACCGUUGUCUCUCCGGUUCCGUUGCAAGUACCGGCCACGGCCACGACCGAGCCGGUUCUACGCAUUGCAUAAAGAUCAAGAUUAAAGUUUCUUUUUAAUGUUUCUUGCGUUCCAAGGAAGUUAUGUUUUGGUCUUCCUUGGCGCGCACUAAAUCAAAAACUAGGGCUCGAUUUAGUAGUAUUAUCAGUUUGUGUUCUUAAUUUUUUUUUUAUUAUUAGUGAGAAUCAUAAGUCAUAACUAAACAGAUUUUUAGCUUUUCUUUUUUGGUAUGUUAUGACUAUGGAGUUUCCAUUUUCGUUUAUACAAAAUACGAGACAUAA